AUGGCGACACGGGACCACGAAAUCAUAGACAUUGAAGAAAUCUCGUUAGACGCGUCGGAAGAGCUACCUCAUGGAGGAGGCCCAAUCACAACAUGUGCAAUAUCUCCACACGGACAGUGCUUCGCGACUUACAGCGCCGAAACGGAAUCUGUUGCUAUAUGGUCUAUUGAACAAGGGAGAAACCACUUGGUUCAGUUAUUCGAGACAUCAGUACAAGAUAAGAAAAACAAUGACCCGAGUUUGGCUGUUUCGGAUGAUCGAUCCUUUAUUUUUGAUAAUGCCAUUUAUCCAUGUAAACAAUCCGAAAGUAUAACGUUCGGAUCGCCAACGCAACUCCCAAAGUAUUGUUUAAAUACCCGAUCUGCCGUCGUUAAAGCGUUUCUUCCCGGGGGCGAUCUUGUCGUCGUUACGACGACAAAACACGGAGAUAUCAGAUUGUAUCGAUUUGCGAGUUAUAUUCGUAAAUGGGUGAUAAAAGACUUGUGGACACUCGACAGGACGCAACAAAAGUGUAACACGAAUGUAUCACCCAAGCGAUUUAAAUACUUUGUAGUUAAAGACAGAUUGAUCUGCCAGUAUGACGGUCAUUUGGUUCAGUGGGAUAUUAAUCACGCUAAAAUUGAAGUACAGCAUUUUUGCGACGAUAUUGUCAUGUCAGCUAUGGACAUUAUGGCAGACGUAAAGAAAGUUUUGGUUGCCGUGGAUUCAACCAACACGCUGUCUGCUUUAGUAACUGGAGAUUGUAACGCUCAAAAUCUGACCGUAUCGUGGAUCGAUACUGAAUUGCCUUUAGACACCGUCUAUAUUAAACUGAGAGAGGAGGAAGUGGUGAUUGAUGUAAAUUUUAUAGAACAAAAUGGUAAUAGAAUUCUCGUGACGAUUACAAAUAUGGGCUCUGCUGUUCUGUGGAAUCCGCAUAAUUUGACAGGCGAUAAGAAAGAGAAACAUGACGAGAGAGAUGCUGGCAAACCGUUAGACAUAAUAGAUCUCAAUGAAUACGCCGUUGUAGAUUCUUGGAAAUCAGGGACAACUUUUGUCCUUCACCACAGCAUUAUGGUUGUACUGGACUAUGGAAAACCCAUUACUAUACCGCUCAUUCAAAAGAGUUUUGAAAAGCACCAAAAAUCUUUGCUUACUGUUCCAACAUCUAUUUUCAUACGGACGCUUGUUACUAAAUACUCAAAAUUUGCGCCUCGGGAAAGAAUUACAGAGAUAGUGGGUUUGAAGGUGCGUUGGCAUAUUAAAAGGAAUUUUGAAAUCGCAGCAUAUCGCGAUAAGGCAGACAUAUUUCCGACCAAAACGUGUCGUCUAUCGUAUUUCGGUUCGGUUGCGGGUUGUACAUUAUCGGGUAACGAUGACCUGGCAAUCUUUUGUGAUAUAGGUGUGUGUAUCCUUCAUAUAGCAGAUGAUGGAAAUAUCGAAAUGAAGUAUUUCUGGGAUAAUGACUUGAGAUUUGACGAAGGAUCCGGGGUUGAAAUUGAUGACUUUAUCAAGGCGGCCGAACGGAGACUUGGCGGUAAUAACGCAACUUGGCCACCACCAAGUUUCAGGAGUAUUUUGUGCCAUAAAGACGAAACAUUUGAUAGACAAGAUCAAGAAUGUCACAGACUUUUCCACAAUCUGUAUUUAUCCAUGGCCAGCCCUUUAAAUAUCGUAUUUUACGGAAAGGAACUUUUGAACAGCAUGAUUGAUCAGGACGAUGAAUUCAUGGUAGAAGAAGUACUUCGUACGUGCAUGGACAAGUUUCACACCUACUCGGUGUCACAUAUUGGAUACCUGGGGGUUUUGUGUUUAUCGCUUCCACAGCUAAGCGAAAAGUUUUCCGAUCAGACAAUUCAUUCACUACCAAAAACUAUCAUGACGAUAUAUCCCAAUUGCAGAUUUGUCAACCGACUGCAUCUUAGCCAAGAUCACUUGUACGCAUUUAAUAACAAAUUCGGCUGUCAGAGUUCUUUGAGUCGUUCAAUUGAUUUACCGUUGCGAUUGAAAUUGCUAAAGCAUGACGCAAAGCUGAGUUCAGGAUUCAGAAAAUUCCGGAUAAGAAUUUUGCAGACGUGGUUCAGAUUUUUACUUUUCCUGAACACUGUAUUUUACGUUUGGCGCAUGCCAGUGUGUGCAUUCCGCAGGAUUUUUCUUAGUCCAAAGAGACGAUCAACUUUAACGUUAAUGGUACCUUUACCCAAAUAUUGCAGUUACCCUGAACAAUACACUGUUUGGAAAGAUAUUCUCGAUCCACCUGCAAGCCCUUUUAUCGUAGGCACAAGAAACAAAAAUUCCAUGUUUUAUCAAACAUGGGAGUCUGAAGCUAUAAUUAAUUUCAAGUGGAAAUCUUUUGGUUUAAAAUAUCACUGUCUUAUAACCGUUGCGUUUAUCUCGUAUUUUGCCUUAUUCUCAAUGGCAAUAACGGAUGGUCUGAUUCCAGAGGACAGUAGAAAAUUUUUCUUAUUGAUAACUGUUAUUUUUGGUAGCUGGCAUCAUGUCAUGAUAUUGAGACAGCUUGUACAUAAACGACUUGACUAUAUAUUAUCAAUUUGGACUUGGAUUGACGUGGCCGCAUAUGGCAUGCCUCUUGGUAUUACAUCGGUUUGGCUAUCCGAUGGUGCAAUUCCGACAUGGACAAGAUCAAUAUCAGUCUUGAUUUUUUGGCUAAAACUACUCAUGCUGCUUAGACCGUUUGAAUACUUUGGAAUCUACAUCGCAAUAAUAAUUGGCGUGGCAAGAGAGGUGUUUUCUUUCUUGAUUGUGCUCGGCAUAGUGGUCUUUGCUUAUGCACAUGCGUUUUUCAUACUGUUAAAGCCAAAGUCAGGAACUUCACUAAGCACACCACCGAUACAUAAUGAUGACCCAAAUAAUCCAUGGGCGCUGACUGAUGAAUUGAUUCCAGUAGACGUUAAUGGAACAGUUUCAAAUACUAGUGUGAUUAUUGAGGUACCUGAUCCCAACACAAAUUUAUUUAUGAGAACUGAUACAGCUCUCUGGGCCGCAUUCCAAAUUCUUACAGGAGAUACAAGUUCACUUUCUGGUUGGAAUGUAUUGGAUACCCCUGCAAUUGCAGUACUCCUAGCGUCAUUUUCCUUUUUCACGGUUAUUUACCUUAUGAAUCUUUUUAUUGGGUUGUUGUGCAAUGCAAUUGAAGACUGCAAUGAACGAGGAGCAUAUUUGGCUCAAAAGGCUGAGGUACUAGCAGAAAUUGAGUUGUAUUACUUGUCCCCACGCCAAAGACGAGACAAGGCUUGGUUUCCUGAUAUAAUAUAUUAUGAGGCCAGUGUCAAUGAACUGCGAACGUUACUCGAAAAAAGUAUUAAAAAUAAACCUAAAUUUUGGGAAAGUGCGCCAAAACACGCUAAACGGAUAGCAAAAAUUCUUAAUCUUUCAUUACCUCACAAAUAG